AAUCAGUAUUUUUUGUGCAGAUGAUGAUUUUUUUUCUGUUAAUAUUAAAUUGCGUGAAUUUAGUUGAUUUAUUUAAUUGGGCUUAUUGCAAUGAAAUGUUAAAUUAGUUGCUAAUUUUUCUAGCAAAUACGUGAAUUGAGUAAAGCUGUAAUAUCCGGCUCAAUCAUUCAGUCAUACAACCCGUAAGAAUUAAUUCACAAAUCAGACAAACAAAAUGGCAUCAACCAAUUCAUUGACAUCAAAUCCUUCAUCGGCAACGUUAUCGUCAGCAGCAGCAUCAGCUCCAGCACCUGUCACACCAUUACAAUGGCCUAAUAAAAAGGAAGACUAUGAGCUACGUGAAGUGAUUGGUGUCGGUGCAACGGCCGUAGUUCAUGGUGCAUUUUGCAUACCGCGCAGUGAAAAGUGUGCCAUCAAACGAAUUAAUUUAGAGAAAUGGAAUACGUCAAUGGAAGAAUUGCUGAAAGAAAUUCAAGCCAUGUCCAGCUGUAAUCAUGAAAAUGUCGUAACGUACCACACCAGUUUUGUGGUUAAGGAUGAAUUGUGGCUGGUGUUACGAUUACUUGAAGGUGGCAGCUUAUUGGACAUAAUAAAACAUCGAAUGCGAACAACAAAUUGCAAACAUGGGGUGUUCGAUGAAUCGACUAUUGCAACGGUGCUGAAGGAAGUCCUCAAGGGAUUGGAAUACUUUCACAGCAACGGUCAAAUUCAUAGAGAUAUUAAGGCUGGUAAUAUUUUACUGGGUGACGAUGGAACGGUUCAAAUAGCCGAUUUUGGUGUGAGCGCGUGGCUAGCAACUGGUCGCGACAUGUCACGACAAAAAGUGCGGCACACAUUUGUCGGUACGCCGUGCUGGAUGGCACCUGAAGUGAUGGAACAAGACCAUGGUUACGACUUUAAAGCCGAUAUAUGGUCAUUCGGUAUUACUGCUAUUGAAAUGGCAACCGGUACGGCUCCAUACCAUAAAUAUCCACCAAUGAAAGUCUUAAUGUUAACGCUACAAAAUGAUCCGCCUUCGAUCGACACGGGUGCCGACGAAAAAGAUCAGUACAAAACGUAUGGAAAAACUUUUCGAAAAAUGAUAGUAGAGUGCCUACAGAAAGAACCAUCGAAGCGCCCCACAGCUAGUGAACUCCUGAAACAUCCAUUCUUCAAAAAGUCGAAAGAUCGUAAAUAUCUAACACAAACAUUGCUGGCAUCCGGACCAUCGAUGGAAACUAGGGUAACAAAAGCGUCAAAACGUCAACCGGGCGCAUCGGGUAGACUUCAUCGUACUGUAACGGGUGAAUGGGUUUGGUCCAGCGAAGAGGAGGAUAAUGGCAAGGAAGACUCUGAUUCAGAGGAAAUGGACAGACCAAUGAAUCGAUUAGACAUAGUGGAUUCAUCCGACGACGAACAAUCGGAACUAACCGUCACCGUUCCGUCGGAAGCCACCGGUACGGAGAACACAAAUUCGGAAGAUGAUUUUCCGCCGGUUAAUUUGGUAUUACGAAUGCGAAACGAGAAACGAGAACUGCACGACAUUCGAUUCGAAUUUGCUGUCGGCAAGGAUUCGUCCGAAGGUAUUGCGUCCGAAUUGGUGGAGGCUGGCCUGGUCGACAGCCGUGACACGGUUCCGAUGGCCGCUAAUUUACAGAGAUUAAUCGAUACGCGAUCGCAACGAAAAACCGUCACAUUUCAAUUGAGCUCAGGCUGCGCUCCCGAUGAAGUGAUCGACGAAAAAGCACUGAUUGGUUUUGCGCAAAUUUCAAUUACUGAUUAAAACUUGAUUGUUGCUUUUCAUCCAAUUUUUUUUUUAUUUUUUAAUUUAAAUUAAUUUUUUAUUUUAAAUUUUUGAUUUAAAUGAACUGUUUUACUGUAUCCAGGCCAAUCCUAUCACGUAUAUAAUAUAUGUUUCUUGUAUUAAAAAAAACAUUUUGUUGUAAGGUCAAACUUUAUAAAUGAAAUAUGAUUCUAGUUCUUAAAAUAAAUUAAAAUUACAAUGAAAAGUAAAAUGAAAAAAAUGGAAUACAAAACAUAUUUUAUUUAUAAUUACUUAUCGCCACUUUAGAGCUAUAAAGAAAAUAUAAUUUUAAAAGAACUCUAGGAAUAAAAAUAAAUAAAAGAAAGAAAGAAAAAAAUAAAUAAUGAAUUAAAUAAAUGAGAGAUGUUGUAAAUACUUAAGGAAAAAAUUAUUAUGUUGUGCUAGUGUGCUGUAGAAUUUCAAUUAAAUUUAUAAUAAAAAGCUUAUGUUACGUA